CCCCCUGCUCUUGGCGCAGCGACUGUUCACCGGGUUAACGGGACACUCUGCGGCUCGGAGGCACCGCGACACGAGAUCCUGAGAUUCAGCCAAGACUCCACAUCCACAUAAACAUGGUAUUCAGAGGGACUAUCACCGAUGCUCCGGACUUCGACCCCUCCGCAGACGCAGAGGCCCUGUACAAUGCUAUGAAGGGCAUUGGCAGUGACAAAGAGGCCAUCUUGGAUCUGGUGACAUCACGAAGCAACGCCCAAAGACAGGAAGUCAUCGCAGCUUAUAAAAGCAACUUUGGAAAGGACCUGAUAGAAGACCUGAAGUACGAGCUGACGGGGAAGUUUGAGCGGCUCAUUGUGAGUUUGAUGAGGACUCCUCCAUAUCACGAUGCCAAAGAAAUUCACGAUGCCCUUAAGGGAGCAGGAACAGAUGAGAAAUGUUUAAUUGAAAUUCUGGCUUCAAGACACAACCAGCAGAUUCAUGACAUGGUCGCAGCCUACAGAGAUGCAUAUGGCAGAGAAAUGGAGGAGGACAUCAUCGCAGACACUUCAGGACAUUUUAAGAAGAUGCUGGUUGUUUUGCUUCAGGGGACCAGGGAUGAGUCAGGAGCGGUGGAUGAGGAUUUAGUUGCAGAGGACGUCCAGGACCUGUACGCUGCCGGAGAGGAGCAGUGGGGCACAGAUGAGGCCAAGUUCAUCAUGAUCCUGGGAAAUCGCAGUAUACCUCACCUGCGCAAAGUUUUCGAUGAGUAUGAAAAAGCUUAUGAGACCACCAUUGAGGACAGUAUCAAGAGCGAACUGUCCGGGGACUUUGAACGCCUCAUGUUGGCUGUUGUGCAGUGCAUCCGAAGUUUCUCUAUGUUUUUUGCCAAACGUCUUUACAAAUCUAUGAAGGGCCUGGGCACAGCAGACAACACCCUGAUCCGGAUCAUGAUCUGCCGCUCAGAGCUGGACAUGUUGGACAUCAGGGAGUGUUUCCGCCUUCGCUAUGAAAAGUCCCUCUACAACAUGAUCAAGGACGACACUUCUGGAGACUACAAGAGGACUCUGCUCAACCUGUGUGGAGGAGAUGACGAUCUGGCUGGAGAGUUCUUCCCUGAGGCAGCUCAGAUUGCCUAUAAGAUGUGGGAGAUCAGCGCCACGACCAGAGUCCAGUUGAGGCCGACAGUUCGUCCAGCCUCCGAUUUUGACCCUGCAGCUGAUGCCCAAGCUCUCAGGAAGGCCAUGAAGGGAUUUGGAACUGAUGAAGACGCCAUCAUUGACAUUGUGGCGAACAGAAGCAAUGCUCAAAGACAAGAGAUAAGACAAGCAUUUAAGUCUCUGCUCGGACGGGACCUGAUGAAGGACCUGAAGUCGGAGCUGUCUAAGAACCUGGAGCGUCUGAUCAUCAGUCUGAUGUUGACUCCUGCUGAGUUUGACGCCAAGAUGAUGAGGAAGGCCAUGGAGGGAGCAGGCACAGAUGAACAUGCUCUGAUUGAAAUCCUUGUCACUCGAACCAAUGAACAAAUCCUCGCCAUGAAUGAGGCCUACCUGCACGGUUAUAAAAAGUCUUUGGAGGACGCCAUCCAGUCUGACACCUCUGGACACUUCUGCCGCAUCCUCACCUCUCUGGUCCAGGGAGCGAGAGAAGAGGGCCCAGCUGAUUUUGACAGAGCAGAUUCAGAUGCCCAGGAACUCGCCGAGGCCUGUAAUGCAGAGUCUGACGAUAUGGAGAUGAAGUUCAUGAGCAUUUUAUGUACCAGAAGCUUCCCCCAUCUGCGCAGAGUUUUCCAAGAGUUUGUGAGAUACACCAACAAAGACAUUGAGCAGAUCAUAAAGAAGGAGAUGUCAGGAGAUGUCAAGAACGCUUUCUACGCCAUUGUGUGCAGUGUAAAGAACCAGCCGUUGUACUUUGCAGACCGGUUGUACAAAGCCAUGAAGGGCCUGGGCACAGACGAUCGUGCUCUGAUUCGGAUCAUGGUGUCCCGCUCGGAGGUCGACCUGUUCAACAUCAGGAAGGAGUUUAAAGAGACACACGACACCUCCCUGCACGACUUCAUCCAGGUAGAAACAAGCAUCGGAGACACUUCUGGAGACUAUCGUAAAACUCUGCUGAUUCUGUGCGGUGGAGAAGACUGAACCCGUCACAAUAAAAGCCCCUGUUUAAACCAGUGCUCCUGCCAAAGGAAGUGACGAGUGGCCUUUCAAAAUAAGAGCUUUACCACAUCCCAUUUGUUUUUUGUACAAUCCUACCUUUUAUAUGUUUUCAUUCAUGUUAGCUAUGCAGCAAAUUUUAAAUUAAAAAACGCAGUGCCUCCAAACAAAAUUAACUGUGAUUCUAGCUGUUAAAAUGUGGAGAAUAAAGUAACCAUGAAAAAAA